AUGGCGAGACCCGGCGCUGCGUGCCCUCCGCCCGCCCGCCGGGUGAUGGUGGCCGCCCGGGCGCUGCUCUUCUGGGCACUGGUUUACAGCUACUGCGGGGUGUGCGCCUGCAUCGCCGGGCUGCGGCUGCUCUGGAGCAUCGGCCGGCGGCCGGGCGAGACCUUCCGCUGGGUGGUGCGGGAGAAUCCCCCCGCCUGCCUCAACGACCCCUCCCUGGGCACCCACUGCUACGUCCGCAUCAAGGAUUCAGGGUUACGAUUUCACUAUGUGGCUGCUGGAGAAAGGGGCAAACCACUCAUGUUGCUGCUUCAUGGCUUUCCAGAAUUCUGGUAUUCUUGGCGCCAUCAAUUGCGGGAAUUUAAGAGUGAAUAUCGAGUGGUGGCCCUGGAUUUGAGAGGUUAUGGAGAAACAGAUGCUCCUCCUCACAAAGAAAAUUACAAGUUAGAUUGCCUGAUAGCAGACAUAAAGGAUAUUUUGGAAUCUCUAGGAUACAACAAAUGUGUGUUGAUUGGCCACGACUGGGGAGGAAUGAUCGCUUGGUUAGUGGCCAUAUGUUACCCUGAAAUGGUGACUAAGCUGAUUGUGGUUAAUUUCCCUCAUCCUUCUGUAUUUACAGAAUACAUUCUACGACAUCCAUCACAAUUGAUUAAAUCUGGUUACUACUUCUUUUUCCAAAUGCCAUGGUUUCCUGAAUUCAUGUUUACACUAAAUGAUUUCAAGGUUCUGAAAAGUUUAUUUACCAGCCAGGCAACUGGAAUUGGAAGGAAAGGCUGCAGAUUAACUGCAGAGGAUAUUGAAGCUUAUCUCUACGUCUUUUCACAACCUGGAGCAUUAACAGGCCCCAUUAACCAUUACAGAACUAUUUUCAGCUGCCUACCUCUGCAGCACCAUGAAGUCAUCAUGCCAACCCUGCUAUUAUGGGGAGAAAGAGAUGCGUUUAUGGAAGUUGAGAUGGCAGAAAUUACAAGGAUUUAUGUUAAAAAUCAUUUCAGAUUAACUAUUUUGUCAGAAGCCAGUCAUUGGCUCCAGCAGGAUCAACCUGACAUAGUGAAUAAGUUGAUAUGGACCUUUCUUAAGGAAGAGACAAAAAGAAAAAGAGAAUGA